CUUGCGCGGCGCUGCCUGCGCGCUGCUGGCUGAGCUGCGCGGCUGUGCGCAGCUCCGGGUUUGCUUUGUGCCCGCGGUCGCGGCAGGACGGCCCCGCAGCCACAGUGGCUCAUCUGUUGAAAUAAGACCUGGUGCUGCUUCCAAGUGUGGGGAAGAGAGGGAAUGGUAUUCUUGACAGCUGUGCCAAGCCAUGGAAGAGUUAAUAGUUGAGCUGCGGCUGUUUCUUGAACUUCUAGACCAUGAAUAUCUGACUUCUACUGUCAGGGAGAAGAAAGCAGUAAUAACUAACAUUCUCCUGAGGAUACAGUCAUCAAAAGGUUUUGAAAUAAAAGAACAUGUGCAGAAACCAGAAGUUGCCAACACCCUCCCAGCACCUCCUCAAAUGCCUCUGCCAGAAAUACCUCAGCAGUGGCUGCCACCAGAUAAUGGGCCUCCACCAUUACCGACAUCUUCCCUUCCUGAAGGCUAUUAUGAAGAGGCAGUGCCACUUAGUCCUGGGAAGGCUCCUGAAUAUAUCACUUCCAAUUAUGACUCAGAUGCUAUGAGCAGCUCUUAUGAAUCCUAUGAUGAAGAGGAAGAGGAUGGAAAGGGGAAGAAAAUGAGACAUCAGUGGCCUUCUGAGGAGGCCUCUAUGGAUCUGGUGAAGGAUGCCAAAAUUUGUGCCUUCCUACUUAGAAAGAAACGAUUUGGGCAAUGGACCAAACUACUGUGUGUUAUCAAAGAAAACAAACUACUGUGCUACAAAAGUUCCAAGGACCAGCAGCCCCAGAUGGAGCUUCUCCUGAAUGACUGCAGCAUCACCUACAUCCCCAAGGACAGCAAAAAGAAGAAACACGAGCUGAAAAUCUCACACCAAGGAGCGGAUGCACUAGUUCUGGCAGUACAGAGCAAAGAGCAGGCAGAGCAGUGGCUAAAGGUCAUAAAAGAUGUGUGCAACAACUGUACGGGCACUGUGGAUUCUGACGGUCCAUUGUCUAGUUCUCCAGUACAUAAAACAGAGCUGGAAAAGAAAUUGUCAUCUGAGAGACCAAGCUCAGAUGGGGAGGGUGCUGUGGAAAAUGGCAUCACCACAGCAUGCAAUGGAAAAGAACAAGUGAAGAGGAAAAAAAGUUCAAAAACAGAAGCCAAGGGCACUGUGACUAAAGUAACAGGGAAAAAAAUAACGAAGAUCAUUGGUUUAGGAAAGAAAAAGCCAUCAACAGACGAACAGACCUCAUCAGCUGAAGAAGAUGUUCCAACAUGUGGAUAUCUCAAUGUGCUCUCAAAUAACCGUUGGCGUGAGCGCUGGUGCCGAGUGAAAGACAACAAACUCAUUUUCCACAAGGACAGGACAGAUCUGAAGACACACAUUGUUUCUAUCCCUCUUCGUGGAUGUGAAGUCAUCCCAGGACUGGAUUCAAAGCAUCCCCUGACCUUCCGUCUCCUUCGAAAUGGGCAGGAGGUUGCUGUGCUUGAGGCAUCCUCCUCUGAAGACAUGGGCAGAUGGAUAGGGAUGUUGCUUGCAGAAACAGGAUCUUCAACAGACCCUGGAGCUCUGCACUAUGACUACAUCGAUGUGGAAAUGACAGCAAGCGUCAUCCAGGCUGCAAAACAGACCUUCUGUUUUAUGAACAGGCGAGUUAUAUCCACAAAUCCAUACCGGGGAAGCACUGCCAAUGGCUAUGCAUGUCCGAGUGGAAUGGCACUUCAUUACGAUGAUGUUCCCUGCAUAAAUGGAUCGUGGGAACCAGAAGAUGGCUUUCCUUCUUCUCGUAGCAGGAACAUGGGAGAAGAAAUGCUUUAUGAUAACGCAGGCCUGUACGAUAACUUGCCGUCUCCAAAAAUCUUUGCGCGCUAUCCGCCAGCUGACAGGAAAACCAAUAGGUUAUCUACUGACAAACUCUCCUCUAACCAUUACAAACACCCUGUCUCAUCCAAUCUGUCUUCUGCUCAGUCUGUCACUAAUACCUCUGCUGUGGGGAGGGGAUCUGUAUCGCAGUUUAAAGGCAAGAAACCUCCUGCAACUGCUAAUGGGGUCACUGGAAAAGUGAGAACAUUAAAUAACCAACCGAAGAAACCUGAAUCAGUGUCAUGUGUGAAGCGCACAGCAUCCAAUGCAGAACAGUACAAAUAUGGCAAGAAUCGUGUGGAGGCUGAUGCAAAGAGGUUACAGAGCAAAGAAGAGGAACUGCUGAAGAGGAAAGAAGCGCUGCGGAAUAGGCUGGCCCAGCUCCGAAAAGAGAGGAAAGAUCUACGUGCUGCCAUUGAAGUCAAUGCUGGCAGGAAGACCCAAGUGAUUCUUGAAGACAAGUUAAAGAAGCUGGAAGAGGAAUGUAAGGCGAAAGAAGCUGAGCGUGUAAACCUGGAGCUAGAACUGACUGAGGUGAAGGAGAGCCUUAAGAAAGCCCUGGCUGGUGGCAUCACACUGGGCUUGGCUAUUGAGCCCAAGUCAGGAACAUCAAGCCCACAGUCUCCAAUUUUCAAGCACCGAACUUUGGAAAACUCUCCGAUCUCCAGUUGUGAUACCAGUGACACUGAGUGCUCAAUACCUGUGAACAGUGCAGCAGCUCUGAAGCGACCUCCCUCAUCAAAUAAUUCUCCAUGUCGGGGGCACGUACUUAGAAAAGCAAAGACAGCGCAACCCAAGCUGUGCUCAGCCCAUUCGCCAGGAGCAGCAGCCAAAUCCUGCCAUCAGGUAUGCAUCUGCAGCACACCCGCCUUUCAGUGGGCGUUAAAUGUGCAUAUGCGAGGGUGGAAUUUGGCUCUCAAUUCUUCUGGCCUUUUGCAGUUAUGAGUGAGCCCAGGCCUUGUAGAUGUGGCUAAACAAAAGGAGUCACACGAAUGGGAAAUGAAAAAUGGAACAUAAGUACAGCAGAACCACUAACUUUCCAUAAAGGCCUUACCUAUUAUGGACCACAACAUAGGCUGCAAAGGACUCAUCCAGUGUAUCAAGUGAUACAACACAAGAGAUUUGAUAAUUCAGUUAAUGGUAGCUUGGCGCUAAUUUGCCUGUAUUCCCUCUACUGUAUUGCUGUGUAACUACAUGUGCCCCUUUUUAUUACCUGUAACUCUUUAUUUCCAGCUUCACUGGUAACGCAAAUGGAAACCAAAAAGCAAACCAACCAUAGUAAGUAAAAAGAGGCAUAUAGUUGCAAUUGGAAGUUUACUUUGCUGAAACAAUAUAGACCAGCAAUGUGAAUUGCAUUGCAUCAGAUGGCCGGAACAGCACUGAAGACUGGUGCAUUAUUUAAGAUAUAUGUGAACUCAAUUCAGAUAAGUACUCUUGCAGGUAACACUGCUUUGGAGACCUCUGCAUGCCACAGAGGUAGCUGAGCCAAGUGGUCGUGUCGCUAUUAGCGGUCCAUGUGGCAAAAGAAAACUGAAGAAAUGGCUUCACAUGGAUGGCAUGACUUGCUUGGACUGGGAAGUGGGAAGUUCAUCACUGCCACUACCUCGAUGGCAGUGAGAGACAGUGAAAUAACACAACUCAGCCGUGAAGAGUUUUCAGAUACUUUUUAAGAUAGACAUUUUUGUCAUUGGGCAAUAAAAAGCUGCCACUCAUUGAAGAAAAUUCACUUUAGUACAUUAGCUUUAUUCUGAGGCACCAGGCAUUUUCAAAAGUCUUGUUGUCUAGCAGUGAUUCAUUUCUGAUUUUGUUAGAAGGCAAACAGGUAUUUUUAGUUAUAGCUUUUUUUCUAUAAUUUUAAAACAGAAAUGUAAUUGAAAUUAAUCCUCAACUGAUAAUGGCAACUCAGAAUAGCUUCUGAGGUCAGUCUUGUUUUCUUAACUCAAGUUUAACAAUACUAUAUUGUUAUAGAAGACUGCUGUACUUCAUUUUCUUCAACUUUUCAGACCUCAGCUGUUAUUUUUGAGGAAGACAGGACUGAAAGAAUGAUAAUUUUUAGGCUCUUUUAUAAACAUUUUCACAAAGAAUUGGGGAUUUUCUCAGACAGAAGUCUGACUACUAGGAAAUAGUAUCUUAGCCUGUAACAUUAUAGAAAUCUGUUCAUCUUUGUCUCUGUUCGUGUCACUCCUGUGAAAUCAUAUGCAUUAAAUUGCCAGCUGAAGCCCUUCAAAAUCUCAAGGUUUCCGUAAAACAGAGGAAAAAAAAACAACAUGUAAUGAAUUGGGGAUUUUAUUCCCUUUGUGGUUUUUUGUUUUUGUUUUUUUUUUUUUUUAAGCUUCUGGAGAGCCUUCAAUCAUGUUCUCAAGAUUUUUCUCCUCAACUGUGAAGUUUAGAAAACUAAUUAAAAAAAAUGGAAAUGCUACUCAUAUUUUGAGAUAAUCAGAGAAGUUAGGGCUGGAAUCUUGAUAGAUGGUUAGGACUUCCAAUUAAACUCACUGAAGCUGGCAAUGUAGUAUCAAUGACAGAAAAUCUCUUUAUGGCCCAGGCCUAUAGGUUGCCUCUUCUCUUUAGGAAGAGAUGUAAGUCCUGAAACCUACACAGGUUGUGACAGCUGAUGUGGUUAGCUGAGCAUUCAGCUCAUUCCUGACCUGGUGCAACAGAGAAAUUUUAGUUUCUGGGAGCUGUUUGGAUCAGUAAGCCCGGGGCCCCAGUGCUGAGUUGUCAGAAAGUCCCAGAUCAUGGCAGCUCCCUCCAGUCAGGCCACCAUGCAUGCCAAGUGCUUUUGAAAAGUGGGUCCAUAAUAGUCCACAUACAAGGGCUAAAUCCUGUUCCCAAGUGCAGCUAGGGAUCUCAUUGACCUUAGCGGAGGAGAAAUGGGCUCAAAAUUAGAAAAGGCUCUUUGCUUCUUGGGACCGUGCUUUGCACAAAGUGCCACGAGAAUGCAAAUAUAAUAGGAAACAAAUAUCGGUGUGGUUUUCUGUGAAACCAGGAUAUAUAUUUUGUUUUAUAUUAGUUUAGGUCUGCUUACUUAUUAACUCUAUAAGUGGAGAGCACAUUCCAUACUGUAUGACUAUGGACUAAGCAGUAUCAAGUUCCCAUAUAAUUUAGCAGAAAUAAAUUUGAAGCAAAAGUAAGUUCAUUUAGGCUUUUUAUUUCAAAUUAAGUUAUUUAUUUGUAUAUUUCAACAAAUAUUUAUUUUAUAUCUGUACAUAUUUAUAAUGCAAAUUAGGCUUCUAGUCAACGUUUGCAAGGAUGUAACAGUCGCCAUUAAGUGGUGCCACAUCAAGUAAUGCAGAGUAAUCAAAAGUAAUCAAAAUCAAUUUCUUUGAGUCAAUCUUACUUACCCAAUGUUGGUGUUGUAUCUUCCAUCCCCCUUUCACCUGUCCUCCUGCAAAGGGUCCUUAAAGCCAUUCCCUCUCCCCCCCCCAACCCUGUACUGUAAUUGUUGUAUGUUUCUAAAGUAUAAGUGCAUUGGUAACACUGCAAUUAUCCUUUAGUGACACAUCUAUUCUAUAUAAUAGCCAAGGUUUUGAAUGGAUGCAACAACAACAAAAAACAACCCUGGAAAUAACCUCUUGAUAGACCACAUCCAGUGCUGUGAAAUAAGUUCCAUUUUGUUUAAUAGUACUGUUACUGUGCAAUUUAUAUAAAAAGCAACAGAGCUUGUAUUUUCCACAUUUUUAUGAUUUCAGGAUCACCAGACAAAGUCAGCAAUAGAGCAGUAUGACUUUUUUAAUGGAAAAAAAUCUUGUAUUUUAAACCAUUGCAUUUCUAUGUCUUUUGAGAAACUGUUAUACUUGUGCUUCCUCAAACUCUUGUUACUGUACCGGGUGCUUUGAAAAACUCUUUUUUCAAUAAAUAGGUGAUUUUUUUUUUAAAGAAAACAUCAUAAUCUUGGGGGAUCAAAUGUGUUUUUUUUUAAUGAGAUGAUUGUGGCAAUUUGAUUUUUAAGAUGGAAAGUACUUAAUUUAGUAUCUUUGGUUUCUUUCAUUUAAGAUAUUUUCAAACGAAUUGGCCCAGGCUGUGUGUUGUAAGAUAAUGUUCUCAUAUUAAGAAUGUAAUUAUUUCCUUAUUGUAUUUUUUAAAAAACAAAAUCAUAUUUAAAAAUCUCUGUGGAAAAAAAAAAAAAAAAAAAAAGCAUGACAGAAACAUGAAAAAAGUUUUUGUUUUAUUUUUGUUAUUGGAUAUGUUGGCAGUGCCCAUUAUAAUUGACUGUAAAUAUAGUCUUUCUACUGUAUUUCUCAAUGUAUUUAAUUUUGUCUUUUGGCACACAUUCAUAGAAACUUCUGUUUAAAAGAAAAAACAAAAAAAAAAGUCCUAAACAGACCCACCUACCAACGUGUGUCUUAGCAGCUUCAAUCUACUUUAUGCCUUUCUAGUUUAUUCUUCAGAAAGUCUUGCAGAGUGUGAAAAACGACAGGCACCCGGUAGGUGCGACAGAUUCAAGACCAUUAUUAAUAAAGUUACGUGACGUAAAGAUCUA